AAAAGGGUUUAGGUCAUCGUCGCAUUGAGUAUCUCCGAUAACUACUCUCUCUCGUUUAUUCGCCGUCGACGGAGCAAGAGCAACCCUUCGUUCUCAGGUUUGAGAAACUGUGAGAGCUGAGAGUUGGGGUAGAGAUGACAUUGGAUUACAAACCUUCAGAAGAGUUCCAAGUCAGUAAACUACAGUCGCUCCUUGACUUUGAUGUGACGGGAGCGAAGGAGCUUUGGCUUAUCCAGUGCCCUAUAAGUCAUUUUCCGGAAAUAGAAGCGAAGGAGCUUAAGGUUAAGCUAGAUGAAGAUGGAGUCUUGGGAGGAUUCGAGGAUUCAUACCGUAAAGAGGUUGACCUUGUUAGCUUUGCUUCUCAAGAUGCUGAUGCAACUGUGAUCAUACCAUCUGAAAAAGAAUCGAAAAUCGUUGGGAAGAUCUCCCGGCGAGUUUCUUUAGUUCGUUUCCUUGAACCUGAAGAGUUGCUCGAGACAAUGAAGGUCAAAACCCAACAGAAGCUUGCAGGAGCAGCAGUGACGAGUUCUUCUGUUAGAAACUCUAAUCCAGCUCAGAGUAGCCGGCGUAAAAGCGGACAGUCUUCUCUUCGACAUUCAACAUCCAGCAGACAGAAGAGCGUCUUUCCUAGCUCCUCCACCAAGACUCCCAUGUCUUCAAAGAGAAAGCACUCAGAGCCCUCCUCGAGCAAACAUCAUGGCUCAGCAACUACGCUUCCAGGCUCUUCAGAUCGAUCGGAUAAGUCCAAGAAGAAAGUGAAGACUGAGAAUUAACAUAUAUUCUUUUUAUAAGACAGUCUAGUUUUUUGAUGGUUAAAGAUAAUUAAUUUCGAUUAUGUAAACGAUAAGCACACCAGUAUUAACUUAUUUGGCCACAUUCUUUUAUAUCAAGUACAAGCUUUUUAGCUUCCUUGUAAUUUGUAACAAGGUCAAAGUUAGCAGCUUUUUAAUCAUAGUAUAAGUAUCAACAAAAGCUAUGUCUGCUUUGUUGUUCUUUGUUGUCUUCAAGCAUCUGUGGUUUGAGUUAUUGUUGCGGAGUCUUCUAAAAUUGACUCCAGAACGCUACAAAAUCAGCAAGUCACCCUUUUGAAUAUGAAGAAGCCUUGUGAGGUUGGUUUACAUGGUAGCAGCAUCCUCAAGUCUCAACGCAUCUGUAGUGAAUCGGAUUAAACCGGCGACCUAAUAAAUAUUGGGCUGUCAAGCUCUUUCAAUUUUCUUUUUGGGUCAGCGUCUUAUAAAACCCCAACGUCAAAUAUUUUCAUGAGCCUUGGUUCCAUUUAUUUCCGUAAUUAUCCGAUUGUACUAAUCAUUGAAAUUAGAAGAUUUUGUUAUUCAGCUUAAAUCUGGUACGACUCUUGAUGACCGUUUCGCUUAAACGUGAUUUUAAGCAUUGAUUAAUGGCAAUACGGAUUCAGUAGGACUUUUCUUAUUGAAUGCAAAUGGACAAACGAGAUACCAAUCAAAUGUAUAUAUAUAAUCACUAAUCAGCCAACCUGGAGAAUCAGAUCCCUGCAUGUUAUUUCUUUCCCUUUUUACGUAAUAUCCUCUGCUCAAUUCACUACCAAGAAAAUAUUGACUAUACAGCUGAAAUAUAUAUCCGAAUAAAUACUCACUAUAAAAACAAAUUAGUAUUACGUCGUUUAUGAAUGAGAAUAUUUGUUUUAACCUUACCAUAAAACCUUAUAAAAUCUUUGUCUCUCUAUGGUGGCCGCAGAAAAUUUAUCGGACAUAACUCUUGUUUGACCAUCCCUUACCUCCACUUCCAUCAUCUGUCUCUCUAAUCUCUCGGAAGACAGAUAAGAAUUUUAAGAGAGAGAGAGAGAGAGAAAGUACUUUUGUAUCAAAGUCUCUGUGAUCCGGUGAAAAAGAGCGUGAACAAUGCUCCGGACGAAGCAGAGGCUGCGGCGGCACGACGCUGUGAGAAAGGAAAAGAGAUUCUCAUUGAAGACGAAGUGGAGGAAGAACACAGGAAGCGUCAAUCUCUCAGUCUCUUGUUUCAUGAGAUUCUGAGAUACGAAGAAGGAGAAGAGGAACUCACGAAAAUCAAGAAACCCAUGGACAUAUGGAACAUGGAAGCAGAGGGGAGAGUAGUCAUGGUGAAUUACACGUAGAGAAGUAGCUCGAGAAGGAAGAGACAAACACCUGCCACGGAAGUAUCUUCCUUGUAAAAGCUCUUGUCCACACCUCUAAUGUACUUUUAAUCAUCUUCCAUCUCUAAGAUAGUUCAAUUGAUGAAGGUCACUUCCAUGGGAAGUCAUCCCAAGCGAUAUAUUUAUUCUUCAACUGAUCCUGCACUCUGACAUAAAGCCAACAAAUCACUAAUUUGAUAGUACGGAACCAAAUAAAAAAACUUAGUGCGAAACAUACUCUGUCCAAUUAAUUGAUGUCCGGACGGAGAUUCGGCCGAAGCUUUUUCUCCAUCCAAAGGUGAAUGGAAAGCGGCAGGGAAAUAGUUACGCAGUUCCAGCUCCAGUGGAGGAGAGCGGAGGUAAAAGUUUAGAAAUCUAACAUUGACAUGAUUGAGGUGAUGAAUUGCAAGGCAUGAGACAUGCAUAUUUAUAGUCGAAGAUUAACACAAUGGAAUUGAUUGAGGAUGCAGUCAAUGAUCAAUCUAUGUGAGGAGUGAGAAGGUGUUAUUUAUGAGGACAUUAAAGCCGACGCCUCAGUUCCAUAACGCCUUCAUCUACAGAAGGUUAAUUUUAUUACUUAAUAUUUGUUUCUAAUUAAUUAUGGAGGGUUUACUAAUUAGUAAUUUCUCUUACUUAUAGGACAAGGCAAUAGAAAAAGAAAUAACCAAUCUAUCUCGUAACAAAAGCGGCGUUUCAAAGCUUGAUACUUCUUCUCUGAUGUCAAAACUCCAAAAACCUUUGAUGUUCAGAUUCCAAAGGAUUCCAAGUUUAAGACUCCGGUAACGCCCAAAGCUAAGGAAGCUGAAGACCAAGAAGUUAAUUUUUCAGAGAAUUGGCAAGUUAAGUUUCCAGAGGAGUUGGAAGCUACCAAAACAUCUGAAGGUUUCUGCUCCUACAUUGUCUCAAGUGAAUGUGAAAAAAGAGCCAGAUGUUCCUGAGGUCUUGGAUGAUAAGAGUGUUACAGAAGUUUUAGAGGUUCAUGCUCCUUCUGAAGUGUCUGGAGUUAAAGUUUCAAAAGAGUCUGAUGUUCCCGAGGUCCUGGAGGAUUAAAUACCUAAAGUCAUGACCGAUGAAGUUAAAGCUGCAGAGUCAGAACUUCUAAAGGUUUCAGAGGUUACAACUUCAGAGGAUUAAGACUGACCAAGACGCAAGCAAAGUUAAGACUACAGAAGAAACAAAGGUUUCAGAGUUUGUGGAUGCUCAAGAGAAGAUUGAUAAAUCUGAAUCUCAGAUUCUUGAGGACACUAAAUUGACAGAAGACAAAAACAAAAUUGUGAAGCGUAAAACAAAAAAAGGAGAAAAAGAUACACAAUCUAACAUGCGAGUUACAAGUUUACCAACCAGGAGUAGCUAAAAAUUAUAUUUUAAAUUUUCAAAAAGAAGACACAUUUGUGUUCAAAAAAA